AUGGUCAAGCACGCUAAAAAAAAGCAAAAAAUUUCAAAAGAGCGCGAAGCAAUUGGAACCAGUACCCUUCACGACGACACUAAAGAUGAUGAAGAACGUCGGCUGGAAAGCAUGCUGUUUGGGACCACUUUUGUCGGUAGGGUCAAUGGAAAGCAAGGGUACGAGGACAGUGAAACUGAUGAAGAUAGUUUUGGCGAAGGAGGAAAUGAAUUCGCUAAUCUCAUGGAUGGCGAUUUGUUUUUUGUUGACGAAGGGGGAAUCUCUCGACAAGAGAACAGCGACGAAGAGCAAAUCGCAGGACCAUCAUCUCAUACUUCCUUUGAAUCUGAUGGAUCCGACUCUGAUUCAUCAUCCUCUUCUCGCACCUCCAGUUCAAGAGUUUCCUCCAAUAAACCGUCUCGAAAGUCCAAAGUGUCCGCUUGGGUUGACCCCUCUGAUCCAUCGACUGUGUCUCUAUCCUCAAGGAGACUAAGGAAACUCCGUGAUGCCCCACAUGAAGAAGAAUUACCCGGUAGAGAGUAUGAAUCUCGGUUGCGAAGGCAAUUUGAAAGGAUAAAUCCUGAGCCAGCAUGGGCUGCUCAAGCACGCAAAAAUAAGGCGAAGGAAAAGAAACAAGCCUGGACAGAUGGCGAUGACGAACAAGAAGAUGACUCGAUGGACAUUCCACAUCUGUUGACGUCCACAUCUGGGGUUUUACGCUCGCAAAAGGUGAACCGGGUUCUUCAAGCGGGUACUAUCGACAUCGCACGGUUGCGGGAUGCAAAUCAAGAUGCUCAGAAUGCUGCUUGCGGAGAUAUUAAGAGCCUCGCAUUCCAUCCAUCUCCUAUGGUACCGGUUUUAGCAGUAGGAAGCAAGGAUAGACGCAUCAGGCUUUAUACUAUCGAUGGACACCUUUCACCACUACUACAAACUCUUCAUGUACCUUCCUUACCCCUCGUUUCCCAGUUUUCGGUCCAGUUUCAUCCAGGCGGAACUCAAAUUCUUCUUACAGGAUCCAGACCGUUCUUCUAUGUUUACGACCUUCAAUCUGGCACACUAGCUGGGGGUGCUGGAGGCGCUGGCGUGAGAGGACUUUGGGGCACAAGAUGGGAUGAUCCCUCGGCUUCGUUGGAUUUAGCUCCGUCAGCCCGAAAACGUGGCCGAGAUCACAACCAGAAGGGUAGUGGUGGUUCGGGCUCAGGAUCUAUGGACGUAUCAGUAUUUUCGCCCACUGGUGAAGUCUUGGCUGUUGCUGGGCGCGGCGGAUACGUCCAUUUGGUGGACUGGAAAUCCUCAGCCUCCACAGGAGGUAGCACUGGUCAGGUCAUAGGGAGUAUGAAAUGUUCCAGCGGUGGACCAAGUGGUGGAGGUGUAAAAGGGCUUUGGUGGGUCCCACCCUCUGAUGACGAAGGAAGGACACAUCUGGCAGUUUUAAGCGGUGACUCGGAGGUUUAUCUUUGGGAUGUAGGUGAACGGAGGUGCGUAAGAAGAUGGAAGGACGAGGGUGGGUUUAGGGGAUCUGCGAGGGCUUUUGCUGGUACGACAGGUUCAUCAAGAGGCGGACUGCUGAGUGUCGGUUCGACUUCCGGCCUUAUCAACGUCUACGGCUCUUCAGCCUUCUGCGGGUCUGCGAUAGCCAAUGAAACAAAGCAUCCUAAACCCAUGAAGACCCUCUCACAUCUCGUCACACCCAUAUCGACCAUGCGAUUUAAUCGAGACGGACAAGUUUUGGCAGUGGCCAGCCGAGAAAAAAGAGACGCUUUGAAGUUGUAUCAUACUGCUUCACUUGCAGCCUACGCAAAUUGGCCAACUUCAGGAACACCACUAGGCCAUGUCACAUCUAUCGACUUUUCAGCGGGAAGUGAAUAUUUAGCCGUAGGCAACACGAAGGGUCGUGUACUACUUUUCACGCUGAAGGACUUCUGCACUUAA